AUGAAACAAACUUCUCAACCACAACACCGUACCACAGGAAUGAUUAUUCCAAGAAUGGUAACCAUUUCUCCUGACAUAAUUCCCAGUGAAGUACUGUCUUUCUAUCUCUCUCGGCUUCUUGGACUUGAUAAUGUCCCAAUUGUUAGCCUCUCUAAAGUGAAUCAUUCUUCUGUUCAAUGGAAAGGAAUAAACUUCAGUAAACUUCAAUGGACUGAAGGGAAUUUGGUUGCCCUUAUCCAAUGGAUCCCCGGUAUUUCAACAGUAAGAUCUCAUGUGCAAAUGCCAGAAAUAAUAUACAAAGCAUACCUGCAAGGAAAACCUUUGACUGGAUCUCAACUACAGCAAGCUAAACUGAAUAAAACUACCCUCUCAGAUAUUGUUCAAUGGGGAAGCAUGAUUAUUUUUGACUUUCUAACAGCAAACUACGAUAGAGUUGCCAGUAUGCAAGAUGCCGCUUUGAAAGAAAAACGUCCCAGCAUUCUUCAGGAACAUAUUCGCAAUCUUCGGAAGUCCCCAACAAGCGGAAAAUUCUGGUUAAUCGAUAACGAGAGUGGUUUACUGGAUGCUUACGAUUUACUUUAUCGUGACAAAAUAAGUGGGAAGAAUUUCGUUUCAUUCCAUCAACAAAUGCUGAAGACAAUGUGCAUAUUUCAGAAAUCCGUUGCCGACUCACUUCAGACUCUGAAGAGCUUAUCAGCCCCUCAUUUAAAACUCGAAGACUUUGCUCGAUAUCAUGAACCUUUAUUAAACAAAAUACCAAAGGACUACACAUAUUCUCUGUUCAAGUCAAUGUUCUCAAAAAGAUUAGCCGAAGUUUCAAAUUGGAUUGAGUACUGUAAGACAAGAUGACAAAUACAUUCUACUAUAGACUGAAGAAACAUGUACAUAAAAAUAUUGUGAAAUAAUACAAAUGUAAAUAUUGAUAAUUAUAAUUAUUGGCCAUUGAGAAAAAAAAAAACUAAAAAUAAUAAAUUAUUUGUGUCACAUGAUGUUUUUGUUGCUUGUCUUAAUAUCAGUUUUGUUGUUGUUCUUGUUGCUGAGCCUUGUGUAAGCCCUUACCAAGCAGAUCAAUGAUCAAAGGCCAGUUAUGACCAUCCAGCCAUGACUAUCUAGUCUUAAUAUGUAUCUAGGACUACGUUGUCUAAUAUGUGCUUCUCUUUUGAAGAUAGUAAGGUGUAAUCUGAGGGAAUUUGGCUGCUAUUUCAGCAGGUUGAUCAACAGUGCAGAAGCUCCCUCCUCAGCUCAUAAUAUCAUCAUUGUUUGAUGUUGGUGAUAUCAAUACGAAAUAUAUGUUCUUUCCAGAAUAAAAUUUCUAGGAGAUAUUCA